AUGCCACCCAAAGGCAAGGGCGAGCAGCCCAAGGUGAAGAAGGUCGCCGUAGACAAGACCUUCGGUAUGAAAAACAAGAAGGGAGGAGCCGCCCAGAAACAGAUUGCCCAGCUCAAAGCGACCACUGCAUCGGGAGGCACGCCUGACGAGAAGCGCAAGGCGGCAGAGAAGGCGCAGCGUGAGAAGGACAAGGCGGCGGCAGAGGCAGCCCGCAAGGAAACCGCCGAACUCUUCAAGCCCGUACAAAUCCAAAAGGUGCCUUUCGGAACCGACCCCAAGACUGUCUUGUGUCAGUUUUUCAAGAAAGGAAACUGCGAAAAGGGCAAGAAGUGCAAGUUUAGCCAUGAUCUGAAUAUCGAGCGCAAGACUGAGAAGAGGAGUUUGUACACCGACACCAGAGAUGAAGACAAGGAGGCCGAGGAGGAGCGGCGGAAGAAGGAUAACAUGGAUGAUUGGGAUGAAGACAAGCUGCGACAGGUCGUUCUAAGCAAGCACGGCAACCCGAAGACGACGACGGAUAAGGUGUGCAAGUACUUCAUCCAAGCUAUCGAGGAUCAGAAGUAUGGUUGGUUUUGGGUGUGUCCCAACGGAGGCGACAAGUGCAUGUACAAGCACUCUCUACCACCUGGUUUCGUCAUCAAGACUAAGGAACAGCGCGCCGCCGAAAAGGCCUUGAUGGCCAACUCCCCACUCAACACCCUCACCCUCGAAGACUUCCUCGAGUCCGAACGCCACAAGCUCACCGGCAAGCUCACACCGGUCACGCCCGAAACCUUCGCCAAAUGGAAGAAGGAACGUGUCGACAAGAAACAAGCCGAGGAAGAGGCCAAGAAACUCAAGGAUGCCACUGGUCGUGCUAUGUUCGAAAAGGGUGACUGGGCACAAGACAGCGAUGCGGAUAGUGAUGAGGAGGACGAUGGGGACGCGUGGAAUUUGGAGACUAUGAGGAAGGAGACUGAGGCGGCGAGAGCAAAGAAGGAAGAGGAGAGGAUGGCUGCUCAACUUGAGAAAAUGGUUGUAUCUUGA